CAGCAAUCGAAAAUCCUAGUGUAAAUCAUUUUCAAUCAUUUCUCACUUUUUUGUUUUUUUAAAUUUAACAUUUCCGAAAAGGGAAAAUGAACAAAGAAACGGUCUAUACACCAUAACCAUAACUAAGAAUCCGAUCUAAGAUCCUUAGCUAGAAAUCACAGCAAAAUAGUAAAAAAGUUAGGAGAAGUUCUAUUCAUGCAAACAAUUAGGGUUUUCUUUUAUCUGGUGUAGGAAAUGGCACUGAGUAAUGUAACUUUGGCCCCAAUUACUCCUUCUUCUUGUUGUUGUUGUUUCUUCUUCACUCGAAGCUCCAAUUACAGUGAGCUUUUAGGAUUCGAAACCCUAACCAAGUCAAACGGAUGUCUUUUUCCCACUGUGAGAAACCGCUGGAGAUCCGGCGCUAUCGACACUCGUAUCGGCAUUGUCGAGAAAGCGCCGGUUUCACCUUCUUCCUCCUCGCGUACCGCGACCAUUGUCGGAAACGCGGCCGUUGAUAUCCCGGUUAGUUGUUACCAGCUGAUCGGCGUUUCAAGUCAAGCUGAGAAAGACGAGAUUGUGAAAUCGGUGAUGAAUUUAAAGAGCGCUGAGGUCGACGAUGGCUACACUAUGGAUGUCAUCGUUUCUCGUCAGGAAGUUUUGAUGGAUGCGAGGGAUAAGCUACUUUUCGAAACAGAAUACGCUGGAAAUGUGAAAGAAAAGAUUCCACCUCAAUCUUCACUUCGAAUUCCAUGGCGCUGGUUGCCUGCUGCUCUUUGCCUUCUUCAAGAGGUUGGAGAAGAGGAGCUGGUUCUUGAAAUUGGGAGCGCAGCUGUUCAGCGUCCUGAUGCUAAGCCAUAUAUUCAUGAUUUGCUUCUAUCAAUGGCACUAGCUGAGUGUUCAAUUGCAAAGAUUGGUUUUGAAAAGAACAAGGUAUCUGAAGGAUUUGAAGCUCUUGCUCGUGCUCAGUGUCUUCUCAGGAGUACAAAAUCUCUUCGACAAAUGACAUUGUUAUCUCAGAUAGAAGAAUCUUUGGAGGAGCUUGCACCUGCAUGCACAUUGGAAUUAUUAGGCUUGCCCCAAUCACCUGAAAAUGCUGACAAGCGAAGAGGAGCAAUUGCAGCCCUGCGUGAACUGCUUCGACAGGGGCUUGAUGUGGAAACAUCUUGCCAGGUCCAAGAUUGGUCAGGCUUCUUGAGCCAAGCACUUAAUAGGCUGUUGGCCUCAGAAGUAGUUGAUAUUCUUCCCUGGGAUAAUUUAGCAAUUGCAAGAAAGAAUAAGAAAUCAAUUGAAUCACAGAAUCAAAGGGUUGUAAUUGAUUUUACCUGUUUCUACAUCGCCUUGAUUGCUCAUAUUGCUCUUGGAUUUUCUAGCAGGCAAAAUGACUUGAUUAUCAAAGCAAAAACUAUAUGUGAGUGUUUGAUAACAUCUGAGGGUAAUGAUCUCAAGCUUGAGGUGGCUUUCUGCUUGUUCCUUCUUGGACAGGGAAGUGAGCCUGAGGUUAUUGAAAAGCUUCAACAGCUUGAAUCAACUUCAAAUCCUGCUCCACAAAAUUCUAUCACAGGAAAGGAGAUACGAGGCACUUCUAGUACAAAUUCACUAUUGGAAAUGUGGCUGAAGGAUGCUGUGCUUUCUCUGUUUUCUGAUACAAGAGAUUGUUCUCAAUCUUUGGCCAACUAUUUUGGUGCUGAAAGAAAAGCUCCUGAGAGCAAGAAAAGUAAGGGAGCCCCUCAGACCAUGCCUAAUCUAGGCCAUAAAUCACUAUCUACUGCUCUUGCAUCAGAGAGAAGAGAUUUUGAGGAUUGUUUUCCCCAUAUGAAAUCUUCUCUACAUAUUGUGUCAGCUGUUAAACAAUUAGCACCAAGCGAUUUGCCGAGCCCUUUGUUAACGGGUGACAAUAGCAGUGGGAGCAAUGGAAGUGCAUCGUCUGUUCAAUUGAAAAGAAAAUUAGGAGUAAACCAGAAUAAAGCUUGGGAAAGCUGGUUGUCCCAGAGGAAUGUGACUGAAAGGGUAACUUUUCUUAUUGUAUUAGGGUGCAUUUUUUUCACUAGCUUUAAGCUAUCAGGAAUGAGAUUAAGUGGGGUCAGGCGGAUGUCAGUAUGGGCCUCCAAUAAACCACACAUGAGCACAAGUUCCCUUACCUGUAAAGGACAUUCUUCCUUGGAUUACAGUGUAGGCUCUUCUCAUAUCAAGGAAAGUGGCAUCGGUGGUGGGAUAAAGAAACUCUUGGAAUUGGCUAAGGUUCAAUUCAGGAACCCUUCAGAUGCUAGGAUUUCACAAAGUUCCUGCCUUCCUGCUAGUCUUUCAACCUCCAUCAUGGCAGUGGACAAGAAGCAAAUGUCUGCGGAAGAAGCUGAAGCUCUUGUCAGGCAUUGGCAAGCAAUUAAAGCUGAAGCUCUGGGACCAAACCAUCAAGUUCAUAUCCUCUCUGAAGCCCUUGACGAGUCAAUGUUAAUUCAGUGGCAAACUUUGGCUGAUACAGCAAAAGCUAGAUGUUGUUAUUGGAGAUUUGUUUUGCUUCAAUUGACCAUUCUGCGAGCAGACAUUCUGUUGGAUAUAAACAAGAGGGAGAUGGCUGAAAUUGAGGCUCUCAUAGAGGAAGCAGCAGAGCUUGUUGAUGAGUCUCAGGCAAAGAAUCCUAAUUACUACAGCACCUACAAAAUCUGCUAUAUUCUAAGAAGGCAAGAUGAUGGAUCAUGGAAAUUUUGUGUAGGUGACAUUGUAAUGCCAUCAUGACACAGCAUUCUGGAACAUGUAUAACAAACCACGAUCAGUCGACCGGUAAUUGUCUCCUAACUUAGCUUCUAGUCUGGAACCUUUGGCCGAACGAUGAAACCUGGGAAUGUAGAAGCAGAUCUCCAAGGCAGUGCUGUGAUUGGAUUUUUAAUUUGGUCAGCCAUACGUGAUAGGUUAUAAUUUUAGCCAUUGCCUGAUUCUAACGUAUGACUGCUUGUAAAUGUCCAGAAACCUUUGAGUACCUAAUUUCAAUUUUUUCAUUGUGAAUGCGAGUUUGACAGACUCGGGGUUAUAUAAUGGAUGUAUGCAUCUUUUAAUGAAAAUAGAUGUGACAGUGGCACAACUUAGACUAGCCUAACG